ACCCAGGCGGCGGCGGUAACGGCGGCGUUGUGAUCCCGGGAGGAGGAGCAGCGCGCGAGGGGGACGCCCGGCGGAUGGGAGCGCGCUCGGUUGGUUCACGCUCCGCGCGCCUGACGCCGGGUGACCCGCCGCCGGCUCCCGUGCGUCCCGCUUCCGUAACUCGGCGUCUUUCGACCUGGCGUCUCCCUCCCGGCGCCGGGAGGUGGGAGGAGAGCCGUCGCCUCGCCGUCGAGGCGGAUUGAAAGCCGGACUGAGCCGCCUCUGCUGCGGUGGGUGGAAACCUGAGUCCUGCGGUGAUGAGAGCGGAUUUCACUGGUGCGCUGCCAGAAGCAUCUGGAAAGGAUAACAGAGGGAUCCACUCCCCCUCCAGAGGACCGCGGGAUAAUUCACAUCUCAGACGCCCCGGAGCUCUCCGCUCGCGCUGCUCUAGUCGCAGUUUUUCCAGCCCCCGGGCAUGCUGGGUAGCCUCGGCUCCCGGUCCACCGCCCGCCGCUGAGUCCCUCCGAGCUCCGCUCAUGCAGUGAGGAUGUGUGCGGCCAGGUUCAGCGGCUGCCUCAACGGCUGCGCCGAGGAGCCCUCCAGGAUGCUGGACUGGACCGACGCCGGCCCGCGGGUCCUCCACAGCCUGGAGAUGGGCACGGUGAUGACCGUCUUCUACCAGAAGAAGUCGCAGAGGCCGGAGAGGAGGACGUUCCAGGUCAGGCAGGACACCAGGCAGAUAGUGUGGAGCCGAAACCCAGACAAGACAGAAGGAGAGAUCGACAUACGGGAGAUCCGGGAGCUGCGCUUGGGGAAGGGCUCCCGUGACUUUGAGCGCUACCCAGAGGAGGCUCGCAAGCUGGACUCCGCCCAUUGCUUCAUCAUCCUCUACGGCCUGGAGUUUCGCCUCCGGACGCUCAGUGUGGCCGCCUUCAGUGAGGAGGAGGUCAGCAUGUGGGUUACGGGGCUGAACUGGCUGAUGGUGGACACCCAGAGAGCUCCGGCUCCUCAGCAGACCGACCGGUGGCUGAGGAAACAGUUUGAAGUCAUGGACAGGAACCACGAGGGCAGCAUCACAGUGAAGGAUGUGAAGACUCUGCUGCCUCAGAUCAACUUCAGGGUUCCCAACAUGCGCUUUCUCAAGGACAAGCUCCAGGAGGUGGAGGCGCGCAGCGAUCUGUCCUACCCCAACUUCGCACAACUGUACAGGACGCUCAUGUUUGACGCACAGAGGAGUAUUAUUGAGCAGCUGGAGCUCUCCUUUCCUCUGCGGAAUGUGGACCGACCGGAGCUGUGUCAGAUCUCCCUCUAUGACUUCCAGAAGUUUCUGCAGAUGGACCAGAAGGAGGCCUGGGCGUCCGACCUGAGCCGAGUCCGGGAGUUCCUGGUGGGCUACAUGAGGGGGGGCUCGCAGCCCGAGCCCAUGCUGCAGCUGGACGAGUUUCUGACUUUCCUGUUCUCUAAAGAGAACUCUGUGUGUGACCCUCGGCUCUCGCCCGUUGUUCCCGACGACAUGAAGAGGCCGCUCUCUCAGUACUGGAUCUCCUCUUCACACAACACCUACCUGACAGGCGACCAGUUUUCCAGCGAAUCGUCUCUAGAGGCCUACGCUCGCUGCCUGAGGAUGGGCUGCCGCUGCAUUGAACUGGACUGCUGGGACGGACCUGAUGACCUGCCAAUUAUCUACCACGGCCACACUUUGACCUCUAAGAUCAAGUUCUUGGAUGUGCUGCACACAAUCAAAGAGCAUGCCUUCGUCACAUCUGAGUAUCCUGUGAUCCUGUCCAUUGAGGACCACUGCAGUGUGGUGCAGCAGAGGAACAUGGCCACACACUUCAAGAAGGUCUUUGGAGAUCUGCUGCUCACCAAACCUGUGGACAGCAACGCGGAGGAGCUCCCUUCACCCUACCAGCUCCGCAGGAAGAUCCUCAUCAAGCACAAGAAGUUGGUGGAGGGCACUCUGUACGAGGAGGUGACGUCGGCCAGCUACUCCGAAAACGACAUCAGCAACUCGCUGAAGAACGGCAUCCUUUACCUGGAAGACCCCAUUGAUCACACGUGGACGCCGCAUUACUUUGUUCUGACCAGUAAUAAGAUUUACUACUCCGAGGAGACGUCUCACUACCAGACGGCGGAUGAAGAGGAGGACGAAGAAGGAAAAGAGGAGUGCAACAACAAUGAGCAGCACUGUGCAGAGCGCUGGUUCCACGGGAAGCUGGGAGGAGGCCGGGAUGGACGGCAGGUGGCCGAGAAACUCCUGCAGGAGUACUGCGAGGGCGGGGCCAAAGACGGCACCUUCCUGGUGCGAGAGAGCGAGACGUUCGUGGGCGACUACACGCUCUCCUUCUGGCGCUCGGGCCGGGUGCAGCACUGCAGGAUCCACUCUCGCCAGGAGUCCGGCUCCACCCGCUUCUACCUCACCGACAACCUGGUGUUCGACAGCCUGUACCGACUCAUCUGCCACUACAGGGACACGCCGCUGCGCUGCAACGAGUUCGAGAUGAGGCUGGGCAGCCCGGUGCCUCAGCCCAACGCGCACGAGAGCAGAGAGUGGUACCACUCCAGUCUGUCUCGCGUCCAGGCCGAGCACAUGCUGAUGCGCGUGCCCAGAGACGGCGCCUUCCUGGUGCGGAAACGCAGCGAGCACAGCUCCUACGCCAUCUCCUUCAGGGCGGAGGGGAAGAUCAAACACUGCCGCAUCCAGCAGGAGGGCCGCCUCUUCAUGCUGGGCAGCUCGGCCGAGUUCGAGAGCCUGGUGGAUCUGGUGAGCUACUACGAGAAGCAUCCUCUGUAUCGCAAGAUGAGGCUUCGCUACCCCAUCAACGAGGACACCCUGGACCGGAUGGGCACCACGGAGCUUGACUAUGGAGCGCUGUACGAGGUCCGCACUCCUCAUUUCUACGUGGAAGCCAACAAAAUGCCCACCGCACGGUGUACGGUCAAAGCUCUGUACGACUACCGAGCUCAGAGGGAGGACGAGCUGUGCUUCCCCAAACAGGCGCUCAUCGUCAACGUGGACAAGCAGGAGGGCGGCUGGUGGCGAGGCGACUACGGUGGGAAGAAGCAGCUGUGGUUUCCUGCCAACUACGUGGAGGAGGUGCCCAGCUCUCCCACCAGGGAGCUGGACGAGGCGUCCACAGAGAACAGCCCUCUGGGUACUUUCCUCAAGGGCUUCAUCGACGUGCCCACCUGCCACGUCGUGGUGCAUAAAGACGGGAAGAACUCGCGGCCGUUCGUCUUCACCAUCCACUCGCAGCAGCUCUCCUCCCACCCGGUGCAGACGCUGGACGUGGCGGCCGACAGUCUGGACGACCUCAACGCCUGGGCCGGCAAGAUCAGAGAGGCGGCGCAGAACGCAGACGCCCGGAUGCAGGAGGAGAAGCAGAUGGAGAGGAGGAAGAAGAUCGCGGUGGAGCUGUCGGAGCUGGUGGUGUACUGCCGGCCCGUCCCCUUCAACGAGGACAAGAUCGGCACGGAGCGGGCGUGCUACCGCGACAUGUCCUCCUUCCCGGAGACCAAGGCGGAGAAGUUUGCCACCCGCGGCCGGGGGAAGCGCUUCCUGCAGUACAACCGGCGCCAGCUCUCCAGAGUGUAUCCCCGGGGGCAGAGGCUGGACUCCUCCAACUACGACCCCAUGCCCAUGUGGCUGUGCGGCUCCCAGCUGGUGGCGCUCAACUUCCAGACUCCAGAUAAGCCCAUGCAGCUGAACCAGGCCUUGUUCCUGCUGGGAGGAGGCAGCGGCUUCGUCCCUCAGCCCGACGUCAUGAGAGACGACGCCUUCGACCCGUUCGAUAAGGACACUCUGCACGUGGAGCCGAUCACCGUCCAGCUGCAGGUGCUGGGAGCUCGCCACCUGCCUAAAAAUGGCCGCAGCAUCGUCUGCCCCUUCGUGGAAGUGGAAAUCUGCGGCGCCGACUACGACUGCUGCAAGUGCAAGACGGACGUCGUGGCGGAUAACGGUCUGAACCCCGUGUGGGUGCAGAAGCAGUUCGUCUUUGACAUCCACAACCCCACCUUCUCCUUCCUGCGCUUCACCGUCUACGAGGAGGACAUGUUCAGCGACCCCAACUUCCUGGCUCAGGUCACCUACCCGGUCCGCCUGCUGCGAACAGGCUACAGGAGCGUCCCGCUGAAGAACAGCUACAGUGAGGAGCUGGAGCUGGCAGCUCUUCUGGUCCACAUAGAGAUCGUCAACGCCAAGGAGGAGGACGACGAGAACUUGUACACGUCCAUCCAGCGGCUGCGGGACCGGACCAGCGAGCUGUCCACCCAGGUGUCCCUCCUGGAGCGCUCGGGCUCGGCGGACCUGAGCUACCAGCAGAGCCUGGAGGAGCUGCGAGCGGCUCAGGACCAGCUGAGCGAGCUGGUGGAGGCUCGGAACCGCCGGCUGAUGGAGAAGAAGAGGAGGGAGAAGCUGAGGCAGCAGGUGGCGGCGAAGCGCAGUUAAUCCUCCCAACCACCGUAAGGUGUUAGAACUCCGACAUGAAAACGGCGCCCAGCACGCCGUGCCCGGGGGGGAGGGGCGUGAACCCGCCAGCCGUCAGAAGAGGCGAACUCUCCGAACUCUCCGAUGGCGAGACGCCAUCCUCUCAUAACUGGAAAACUCAGCGCGUCCUUUCACAUUAAAAGACACUGAAGAAGCUCAUGGACUUAAAACAGAAAACAAACAAACUUAAGCUAUAAAAACAAUCACACACUGGAGGCUGAAACACACGCAGAGAUGAGACCAACGUCUUCUCAUGUUUCUAUGGAAACUGUGCUGACACGAGGUCAAAGGUCGCGUCAGUUUUUUACGCUAACGUGGCUCAAGCUUAUUUCAAUAGU